CUCAGCUGCAGCAGCAGCUGAAGUUCACGACGUCCGACUCCUGCGACCGGAUCAAGGAUGAGUUCCAGCUCCUGCAGGCGCAGUAUCACAGCUUGAAGCUGGAAUGCGAUAAGCUGGCCAGCGAGAAAUCGGAGAUGCAGCGUCACUACGUCAUGUACUACGAGAUGUCCUACGGGCUCAACAUCGAGAUGCACAAACAGGCUGAAAUCGUCAAGCGGUUAAAUGGGAUUUGUGCUCAAGUCCUGCCCUACCUUUCCCAAGAGCACCAGCAGCAGGUCCUGGGAGCCAUUGAGCGGGCCAAGCAGGUGACGGCGCCGGAGCUCAACUCCAUCAUCCGCCAGCAGCUCCAAGCUCACCAGCUGUCGCAGCUCCAGGCCCUGGCACUGCCCCUGACUCCGCUGCCCGUGGGGCUGCAGCCCCCGUCCCUGCCAGCCGUCAGCGCUGGCACUGGGCUCCUCUCACUCUCGGCCCUGGGCUCUCAGGCUCACCUCUCCAAGGAGGACAAGAACGGCCACGAUGGGGACGCCCACCAGGACGACGACGGGGACAAGUCGGAUUAGAGGGAGGGGGGCGGGGGCAGGCGGGGGCGUUCAGUCAAAGAUGCAGUAUCCCCCUGGGCAGCGGGCAGCAGAACUGCCAUAGUCUCGCAGGGUGGCAGCUCCCCGGGCAUCACGCCCCCCCCCUUCCCCUCCCGCCCCAUGCCCAUGGUCUGCGGGGGACGGCCAGCAAAGGCCUCUCGCGACCCCAGCUUGGCAACUCAGCAGC